AUGGAGGGACCAAAAAUAACAGUUGUGAUCAGAAAGAGACCCCUAGGAAAGAAAGAAUUAGCCCGUGGUGAUUAGGAUAUUGUACAAGUUAAAGAUUAAGCAACAGUAUUAUUAAGCGAGAUCAAGUAUGCAUUUUGAAAUCCAAUAUACUCUUUUUUUUUAGGUAGAAAGUUGAUCUGACCAAGUAUGUUGAAUAGCAUCACUUCAAUUUUGACUUAGCAUUUGAUGAAAGUGUGAAUAAUGAAGGAGUUUAUUCAACUGCAGUGCGUCCAAUUAUUGAAGCAGCAUUUAACAAAGCAAAAUGCACUUGUUUUGCUUAUGGAUAAACAGGAAGUGGAAAAACAUUUACAAUGCUUGGAGAUCCUGAAGCAAAUGUUCCUGGACUUUAUCUAAUGGCUAGUUAUGACCUUUUUGGCAUUUUAUAAAGAGUAAUUUACAUCACUAUUAUACUUAUAGCCUGAAUAUAGCAAUUUAUAUGUGACCAUUUCUUUUUAUGAAAUAUAUUGUGGAAAAUUGUUUGAUCUAUUGAAUGACAGAACUUAAUUAGCUGCAUAAGAAGAUGCAAAAGGUAAUGUUUAAAUCAAAGGGUUAACUGAAAAAAAAAUUCAAAAUGUUCAGCAAGUUAUGCAAAUCAUUCAACAUGGAUAGAACUCUAGAGUCACUUCUUAAAACUCUGCGAAUUCAGAGUCUUCACGAUCUCAUGCAUUACUUUAAAUAAAUUUAAAAUAAGGCAAAUUAGUUCAUGGCAAACUCUCUUUUAUUGAUUUAGCAGGUAGUGAAAGAGGAGCUGAUGUUAGAGAUUAAGAUAAAACAACUAGAGUAGAUGGAGCUGAAAUUAAUAAAUCUCUUUUAGCUUUAAAGGAAUGUAUUAGAGCAUUGGAUCUUAAUAAGAAUCAUACUCCUUUUAGAGGUAGUAAACUUACUCUCGUACUAAAAGAUAGUUUGAUAGGUAAUUGUAGAACUGUCAUGAUUGGUAACAUAUCACCAAGUAGUGCUAAUAGUGAACAUACACUCAAUACAUUAAGAUAUGCAGAUAGAGUCAAAGAGUUGAAAAAACCAUAAGAACAAAAAUCAGGAGGAGAUGCACUUAAUAGAGAAUUGAUGUUAGCNCUUUGUGAAUUGGAAAUAUCCUGUUUGCGUGGUUUAUUUUUGUUCUGCAUCCAGAGUGAGAGAGUACUAUGA